GCCAGCUGUAACCCUCUCUCUCUCUCUCUCUCUCUCUCUCUCUCUCUCUCUCUCUCUCUCUCUCUCUCUCUCUCUCCCCGAACCCCAUUAAAUAAGCUGGCGCACGGAUGUGCAAGAAGAAGAAGAAGAAGAGGCAAACUCCAAUUUGCUAAACGUCUUCGUUUUCCUCUGCGAAGACAUGGCGGAUAAAGGUCGACCAUUGCCCAAGUUUGGUGAAUGGGAUGUCAAUGAUCCGGCAUCGGCUGAGGGGUUCACAGUCAUUUUUAACAAGGCCAGGAAUGAGAAAAAGACUGGAGGCAAGCCCGAAUCACCAACAAAGGAGGAAUCUGCAUAUAGGCCUGGAGCGACUCUUGGGAAGCCUCAGUCUAAAAAAUGGUUUUGCUGUGUAUCUUCCCAUGCAGAAUCUUGAGGUUCUUGAGCUGGUACGGCUUAUGAUGCGCUGCCCCACCAUAUAUUCCAGUAGACUGGAGCUGUGGUCAAGCUGUGAUGGGUUAUGCUGGAAUCUGUUCUGAUGUGAUUUAAAAUUGAUGACAUUUUGGGCUUGGUCGAGGAAAUUAUUAAAAACUAUUUUUAUUUUGUGUUUGAUUGCGGGUGUUAUUUGUUUGGUUCUGCUUCUUCAAUUGUUUAUUCUUUCACAUUAAGCUGCGACUUCUUUUUGCGAUAUUCUUUAGCCUGCGUCGAUGAAAUAUAUGAUCGUAUUACGUUAUUUGUA